GGACAGGAUAAGAAAUACCAUUCCCAGACUCUCUCCGGAGAUGAGAAACGCCGCGUCCGCCUCUUUGGAAGACUACGUCAUGGUGGAUUGCUCAGACAACAGUCCAGGAUAUGUUUGUGAUAAUCAAAACAGAGCAGCUACUUACGAACAAAAGGAACGGAGGUAUUCUGACUCGGGUGAUUUGGCUCUGUCUGCAGCCGAGAAAACGACUGAUGACGGUCCAAUUCAAACUGGCACAGCCCACCCUAUACGUGACAGUAUUUCGCGUCCUUAUGCCCCGGUUCCCAAUACUAGUAAUGCCAACAAAGAUGCCAACAGGGACGUUAGUGGCGAGAGUCAAGUUCAAGAAAUGAUAGAUAGCCAUCUACACCGGUAAAUUAACAGUGUGAAUAAGAUGCAGAAACCAAAAGGAACUAUUUAGGAUAGAUAACUUUUCUGGCAAUGCUUUUCAGUCUAUCGAUGAG